AUGGCCAAGAAAAUCCCAUUCGAACUUUCGUUGAACGUAAUUGAACUCACUAAUGUUCCACUAUUGGACAACAACAGCUGUUACAUGAUAGUGACAGUGACAAACCAUAAGAUUAAGAAUAACUACAAGCAUUACCACAGAUCGAAACAGGUUACAAACCGAGUGCCAAUAUCCAAUCAUAAGUGCAUAUUCAAACAAGAAGGAUACGUUAAAGAGGUCUUGAGAAUUCAUAUUGAUUCAAAAACUGGAAUGUUGGCCAAUAAGUGGCUCUGUGUGUCUUUCAUUAUCAAGGACAAGGCUGAGAAACACGAGGAGAGAUUAGGAAGUGUUCAUAUUAAUCUAUCAGAAUACGUCAACGAGUCCAAAAAGACCGAUAUGAGGUAUCUUUUGGAUCAAUCAAAGACCAAUUCAAUAGCUAAGAUGUCGAUUUUCUUGAAGCAUUUGUUCGAUGAUAGAGGUAUCAAGUAUCAAGUUCCCGAGAGUACCAAUAAAAAUUUCUACCAAGGAAUUACAGAAACUUUAAGUGACGACAGGUUUACCAGUACCGCUACCGGGUCGCCUUCCAAAUCACGCUCCAUUAUGGACCCGGGCAAGGCUUCGUCUCAGCUGCUACCGUCUCAUUCGUCGCUUCAUAUACCUUCUCCACGGCCCAAAGUACUUGAGAAGUCCAGCACCGCUUCUCGUGAUGUGCCUGCGAAAGCGAGUACAAGUAGCUCUGUAGCCAGUCCGUUGGACGAGACUUCGGAAUCACUUGGCUUGGAUCCUAGAGCCGUCAAGGAAAUCUGCGAUGACGUAUUUCAAGAUGAUAACGUUCUCAAUGGACUCAUCAAUCAGACUUACAGGUUUACUUGGCAACUCAAAGAUAAGGAAUAUGAUGAAUUUACACCAGUAGAGUGCGUAAGAGAUAUAGUGGAGUUCAAUGGUAAUGGAUGGAAAAAGAAUGACGAAGGUUUAAACCUGAUAGAUGUUAUUAAAGGAGAACUUAGAGAAGGAGGACGACAUAAGAAGUCGCACAAGAUAUUUAUGGAUUACGAGUGGGAUUCCAGUGAUAAUGAGUCUCGGAAGUCCAGGUCCGACCAGAUCUUCGCAGCUGGCACAUAA